UUUGACCCUGACCCUCUAAAGCUACGUCCAAUAGAACCAUUUCCAGUCUUCGAAGUCGAGGUUCCGGAAGAUGACGUGAUUUUCUUGCUGAAGGACAAUGACGAGGAAGACGAUGAUUCCGAGGAUGGUGCACUAUUGGCUAACUUCGUGCCAAAUAUUUCUACGGAAGAAGACGAGGAUGAAGAUGACGUCGUUAUUCUCGGAUUCAACACUCUUAGAAGAAUAAAAAAAGAUCACGGCCCGCCUCUUCUUUACUUCACAGUUUCAAUUCUAAGGAAACUGAUAUCGUUGUCGGUAGAUUCUAGCGUCGGAAGUAACGUUGUCGCUAAUAAUUCCAAAGAAGACAACGAGUAUAAUCAAGUAUCCUCGAAUAUGAGAGAAGAAAGCAGUAUCGAAACAAAUAACAAGUCUGCAGUCACCGAUACGACGGUUAACGAAGCCGAAGAAAUCGUUAAAAAGGUCUUCAAUAAGAUAGAGUCCUAUGCGAAGCCGGAUAAAACACCGACCAAGAAAUUCACAACGUCGGAUACGAAUGCGAGGAAGCCUGGCAUCGCGAGCUCCAGCAUCAACGAAAUCGAAAAUGAAACGAACGAGAAGAAGAAACCCUUGAGGAAACCGAUUAAGGGCGAAGAAGACGACGAUGACGAUAUUCUAGGAGAUAGUCUAGACGACGAUGACGACGACGACGAUGAGGAUGAAGAGAUUUUAAACGACGACGACGAUGAUAACGAGAAGGACAGCGAAGCAGAGGAGGACGAAGAUGAGAAGGUUGACGGAAGUGAACACGUGAAUCACGAGGACGAAGAUGAGAAAGGCGAGAUCGAAGAUUUAGAUGACGACGACGACGAAGAAGAUGCAGUGAUCAGCGCGUUGGUUUAUGACGAAAAAGGGAAUGGAAAGAAGAAGGGCAAAGCGAAAAAAUAUAACCAGUUUUCCGAAGCUUACGAUGAUAACUCGAAUUACGAAUUAGGCUUGGCCCGGCUUUUAGCAGAAAAUAGGCAUUCGAGGAGUAAUCGUCACACCAAAGAAACGAGAUUUUUAGGUCUUAUAUUCAUGCUCGUCCCGUUUUGUAUACGUAUAGAAUAAUGAAAUAAUCAAGGAACGAUAUUUUCCGAAAUCGAUCAGUCGAAUGUUUAGUAAAGACUGCCGUUCAAGAUUGUUAGGCCUCUUUAUUAACUCGACUUAUCAUUGUUAACUAUGUUAAAAAGCGGAAAAUCUGAUAAAUUCUUUUGUUAUCAUAAAUCACUUUAUUUCCUAAGUAAUUAAUGAUUUUGAAAAAUUGCUAAUAGAUAACAACCAUUCAAUACUUGUUGAAGGAGCUCACGCACAAAGAUUAC